AUGACGACCUCAAUUUCGCGUGCCGACUCUGGCAUCAAGAUGAAGCGUAAGACCCUGCCGGAGGUGGACGAAUACGCGAUGUGCGACUACGAUCUGAAGAAGGAUGAAGUGGCGGCGUUCACGAACGAAUAUGUGUUGGGCAACUGGAACUUCGAGGACGCCUCGGCGAAGAUUGAGUACCUUAAGCAUAGAGUCGGUCAUCUGGCAUACGAAUACUUCCCAUCUGGAUUGGACGAGCGGAUGGUCCUUGUGGCGCGACUAAUGGCUCUGUUGUAUUUGAUCGGAGAGUCGUUGGUCGAACUCGACCUAGAAGAUGGCGAAGACUACCUUGGAGCACUCGACUCAGCGGCCAAAGGUUACUGGCUACCAGACGACAAUAUACCAGCAGUCUGGAUGCUUUGCGGAACCCUGGAUGAGAUGAGAGCCGUCGACUAUCUUGCUGUCGAUGACAUUUGGUCAACGAGCCUGGCACACUUGAGCGCGAACCUCGUUAGGCGAGGCCGACCUCAGCAUCGACAUGAUUCAUACCGCGUCCCUGCCAGUCUCCGGCUUGGAUACUCGUUGGUUGGAGCUCUUGAGCCAUUCGCUAUCGGCCACUGUCUCGAGAACGAUUUCUCUUCUCCUUGA